AUGUCGCCUAGCACCGUCGCCAUCAACAUUGGCCGUCUAAUGCAAACCAAGCUGUGUCACCAGAGCAAUACGACGUACUGUAUACUGGAUGCGUCGAUCCUAAUCGCCGCCGAGCUGACAUCAGGCAUCAUUGUUUCUUGUGCACCCAUGAUGGGCCCGAUAUUCUUCCGCAAUCGCGUGGGCACGUACGACCAAAAUCCUCGGGCGAUUCGCACCAUCGGCUCGACCGCGCGCACAUGGCAACGACGUCGAAUGAAAUCGACCUCGUUGCUGGUCUCGCAAGAUGAUGACUUGGGAAUUGUGGACAAGCAACUGUCUUAUCGGACCCACAUUGUGUCCCCCGAACGGUUUCACCAUCCAAGUCCGGGAAGUCAAGGGAUCAUGGUACAGAAUGAGAUGUCAGUUAUGAAGAGUAGCGCUCCCGAGCGGAAAAUAUAG